GCUCUGAAGCUUCAAGAUUUGUCGAAUGCGUGUCACUUUGGGUCAGAAACUGCGCCAAGGUCCGAACCGACACCGAUGUGUAUGCCCCGAUUACGCUUUGUUCUAGGCUCAGAAAUGAGUAAUAUACACUCUCGGCAGCAUGCAUCGCUGACUACUCCAGAUUUGAGAGAUGUCGAGAAAGUUGCGAUUGACUCUAUGGGUUCUGUGACAUCGGAAAGCAGCCAGCUGGAUCUCCUCGCCCCUUCACCUUAUCCAGCCUUGUCGUCCACUUCAAAGAGCUUGCUCGCUAUGGAAGAUUCGCCUGUACAGAUGCGACAGCGCCUUGUGCAUUGACAGACAAGAUUUCAAGAUGGCAAGAUGAGAAGAUGGAUGUCCAUGCAGAGUUUCGUACUUCCACAAGCCACUUAGUCACACUGAUCAGGUCAACUCUUGAUCCUUGCCCCAUCGAAUGUGAGUCAACAUGCAUGAUUAUUCUCGGAUGUGAAGUGACUUCAAGUCGCAUGGAUUGGGAUCACGAUCACUAUGUAUGUACUAUCAACAAGCUACCUGGGAAACCUGUCGUUAGCUGCCGGUAAUUGUGUUGUAGAGAUACCUACCUUCCAGAUAUGCAGUUGACGAACAAAGUAAGGCCUAAUAACACAAACACCAAUUUGAGC